GGGAGCUCAGUCACUACCUCCCCACCGAGCCAGCUCAGCCGGGCAGGCCGAGAGGGAGUGGGACAGAGUCCGGGAGUGUAGCGCAGCAGGGAGGAGUCCUGGCUGGGCUAAGCUGGGGAGCUGCUUGGCAGUGCCAGAGCCUGGACCCCAGAGCCCUUCUGGACAGGAGGUGGACCAAGGAAGCAGAGGGUGACAGAGUUGCAGCUGCUGUGUCCAGGGUCUGUCUUCAGCUGUGGCAGAACCAGGCCUGGUUCUUCAUUAGGCCAGUGAGGAGCUGAAGGAGGAAGAUGGCCGACUGCUACACGGAGCUGGAGAAGGCUGUCGUUGUCCUGGUGGAGAACUUCUAUAAAUACGUGUCUAAGCACAGCCUAGUCAAGAACAAGAUCAGCAAGAGCAGCUUCCGCAAGAUGCUCCAGAAAGAGCUGAACCACAUGUUGACGGACACAGGAAAUCGAAAGGCUGCUGACAAGCUUAUCCAGGACCUGGACGCCAACCAUGAUGGGCGCAUCAGCUUUGACGAGUACUGGACCUUGAUAGGCGGCAUCACCAGCCCCAUUGCCAACCUCAUCCGUGAGCAGGAGCAGCAGUGCUAGAGGCCCGACCUCCUGGCCCUGGUGUCCCAGCCUCCCUCAGUCUCUGUGGCCCUUCCAGCCCCUUUCCUCCUUCUCCCUCUGGAUGUCUCCCGACCCUUGCUGAACAGUGUCCGGGAGAUGUCAGGGUCCCUUGUGAGUGUCUCAGUCUGAGGAUGCUUUCCUCAGGGUCUCAGUCCCUGGAGCCAGCAGACCCUCAGGGCUCCUCUAUGAGAUUUCAAUGCUGGUGGGGACCCCCAAUAUUUCCUCAUCUGCUUAGUUCAUUUGCCCUUCCAAUACCUGAUGCUCAUGUCCAGUUCUUCCCUGAUUCUGGGUCUGUCCUGAAACCCAGAGGCAAGUUUACUGAUGAGGUCUCUGCUGUUCCUGGUGGCAGCAGCGGAGACCUUGCCCUUCCCCUCAGCACUUCCUGGAGUGGGGUGGAGGGGAGAAGCACCUUCAGGGACUCCCCUCCAGCAGCCUCUGUCUGGGAAUGAGCUACACAGCACUGAGUGCCUCCCUCUGCUCAGUCACUGAAAUAGUGGCAAUAAAGGCUGGAUUUGGAGUUUGCA